AUGCAGGGUUUCUAUGCUGCCAUGGGUGCUGAGAUAGCAGAUGGCCCUGUACUUUCAGUCCAGGUCCUCACUACUGGAUCUUGGCCUACUCAGUCCAGCUCUACUUGCAAUCUUCCUCCAGAAAUCCUCGGGGUUUGUGACAAGUUCAGGGCGUACUAUCUUGGAACUCAUACUGGGAGGAGGCUGACCUGGCAGACAAACAUGGGUACUGCUGUUUUGAGUGCAAAAUUUGGAAAUGCCCCAAAGGAACUUUCCGUCUCCACAUAUCAGAUGUGUAUCCUCAUGCUGUUCAACAACGUCGAUUGCCUGAGUUACAAGGAAAUAGAACAAGCCACUGAGAUUCCUCCAUCAGAUUUGAAGAGGUGCUUGCAGUCAUUGGCUUGUGUUAAAGGUAAAAAUGUUCUUAGGAAGGAGCCCAUGAGCAAGAAUAUUGCUGAUGAUGAUUCUUUCUUCUUCAACGAUAAGUAUACAACCAAAUUGUUCCGGGUGAAAAUAGGCACUGUAGUUGCUCAGAAGGAGUCUGAACCAGAGAAGCAGGAGACACGGCAAAGGGUGGAAGAAGACAGGAAACCUCAGAUUGAGGCAGCGAUAGUGAGGAUUAUGAAGUCACGGAGGGUUCUUGAUCACAAUAAUAUUGUUGCUGAGGUCACAAAACAGCUUCAAGCACGAUUCUUGCCUAAUCCAGUCGUGAUAAAGAAACGAAUUGAAUCUCUGAUUGAACGGGAAUUCUUGGAGAGAGACAAAACAGAUAGGAAGUUAUAUCGCUACCUGGCUUGA